AUGGGGCCAAACAACCAACUAAUGAGCUCACAGCGAUCAACUGGGCCGAUGCGAAGAAGAGGGUCCUUCACAGCUACCGGGACUGGCUACGGUCGGUGCGUUACUCCUUAUUUCGAUUCUGCACUCUAUGCACGCUUGUCACGCAUGAGCUGGAUAUACAGGGACUUGGAAGGACAAGAGGCUAUGGCAACAGGGCAGGCGCGCGGGCGGCCAGGGAGUGCGUGCCAGCAGGGAAGACUGAGGCUGACAGCGACACUACAGGCUCCCGAGAUUCAGACCAUGUACUCGCUCAACAUGCCCAUUUCCACUCUCCGGACAAAGAUGCGACAGGAAUUCGAGCGGCAUCGAUAUGUGAAUCAAAUACAGACCGUGGACGUGCUCUUGUUCAACAGUCACCAGGAAUACCAGGUGAGCCAUACUGCCCAACUAGCUAUACGCAUCCUGUUCAGUGCUAAAGUAUUGGGUACAGGAAACACUCAACUUCUGGAAGCAACUGUCACAUGUGCUCAAGUACUUCCGUGCCGAAGAGGAGCCCAAGGCAAGGCUACCGAACAACUUCAUCCACGGCUUCUUGGAGGUAGGUUUUCAUCCUUGCAAGCAAGCAUGGACUUGUAG